AUGCUAGACUCCACCACCUGUCUCACACAGCGAACGCAGGUGGUUUGGGACGUGACGCCCUGCAGUCGGGUCGCCAGCCAAGGGGGGCCAGCCACGCCCGGCCGUGCCACCAGCACCCUCCCGGGCCAGUUCAAACAGAGGACGCCCAUGUACAACGCCAGCAACACUGCCACCAGCCCCACCGCCCCCGCCUCGCCCAGCACGCCAGCCAGCACCCCCGCCAGCAGCAACGGACCCCCGGCUGCCGCCACCGCCACGCAGCCCGAGACCCCCACCACACAGCCCCCCCAGUCCCCGACGCCCACGCCCCAGCAGCCCCAGCCCAAGAAGAACCUCUCGCUCACAAGAGACCAGAUGUAUGCUGCUCAGGAAAUGUUCAAGACGGCCAACAAGGUUACCAGACCAGAGAAAGCGCUCAUCCUUGGCUUCAUGGCUGGAUCCAGAGAGAACCCAUGUCCGGAGCAGGGGGACAUUAUCCAGAUAAAGCUGAGUGAACACACAGAGAUCCUUCCCAAGGCGGAUGGCACGGGCAGCACCACCAUGCUGGUGGACACAGUGUUUGAGAUGAACUACUCCACAGGACAGUGGACCCGCCUCAAGAAGUACAAACCAAUCACCAACGCCUCCUGAGGAGGCUGCUGGCCUGCCUGUCGGGACUAUACAUACAUACAUACAUACAUACAUACAUA